AUUCACUGUCCUGUCUUACGAUAUUUUUCCUUCACAAUUUAUAAGUAACAUUAUUUCUAUUUAGUAUAUAGUGUUGUGGAGAGCGCACUUACAUAGCUAGCAACCAGAGAAAGGGAAAUGGAGAUCAUAAGGAUAGUAUUGAUGUCUGUUUUGAUGGCUUUCACAAUGCUUAUAUCUAAGGGAGAAGGCCAAUUAGUAGAGAAUUUCUAUGCUUCAUCUUGUCCAAAGGUCGAAUCCAUCGUAACUAAAGCAGUGACUACCAAGUUUUCUCAAACCAUCAUCACUGGACAAGCAACACUGCGUCUAUUUUUCCAUGAUUGCUUUGUUGAGGGAUGUGAUGCUUCUAUUAUGAUCUCAUCGCCAAAUGGAGACGCAGAAAAAGAUGCCACGGAAAGUCUUUCUCUUGCAGGAGAUGGGUUUGACACUGUUAUCAAGGCAAAGCAAGCAGUGGAAGCUGCAUGCCCCGGCGUCGUUUCAUGCGCAGACAUUUUAGCACUCGCUACCAGAGAUGUCAUAGGCUUGCUUGGUGGGCCUUCAUUCAAGGUAGAGCUAGGGCGCAAAGACGGGCUUAUUUCUAAGGCCUCGCGCGUAGAAGGAAACCUUCCGAAAGCAAACUUCAAUCUGGGCCAACUGAACGCCCUCUUCUCCAAACACGGCCUGGCCCAAACCGACAUGAUAGCCCUCUCCGGAGCCCACACCAUAGGGUUCUCACACUGCGACCAGUUCACGAACCGCUUAUACUCCUUUUCGCGCUCCUCUCCCGUGGACCCCACACUGGACCCCACCUACGCCGGAAAUUUGAUCGCUCAGUGUCCUCGUAAUAGCGACCCCAGCGUAGUGGUUCCCCUGGACCCGCAAUCCCCUGUGGCCUUCGACAACGUUUAUUACACGAACUUGAUGUCGGGACAAGGGUUACUAACCUCGGACCAGGUGCUGUUCACGGACGCUGCGUCGCAGUCUACGGUGGUGCGGUUCGCGAGAAACGGUGCGGACUUCAAUGAAGCGUUUGUGGCAGCCAUGAGGAAGCUUGGAAGGGUUGGGGUCAAGACUGGGAAAAAUGGAGAGAUUAGGAGAGAUUGCACGUCGUUUAAUUCAAAAACUGUGAAGGGUUAGUUUGUGAAAGUGGAUUCGUUGUUGAAUAAUGUUUACCAUGGAAAGGUUCACGUAAAUAAGCUUUCAUUUGCA